AGUCGACAGCUGGAAUCGGAGUCGGGAACCACUGAAGAACACAGUCUGAACAAAGAGGCCAGGAAAUGGGCCACACGUGUGGCUCGCGAACAUAAGAACAUCAUCCAUUACAAACGGGCUCUGGAGGAAUGUGAGACUCUCGGGACUCCACCGACAGAGCAGAGCCGAAACGAGCUGGAGUUCAGGAUAGAAGAAGCCAAGGAGAACAUCCGAAAAGCAGAGACGGUGAAGCUGAAAGCGGAGGCUCGUCUGGAUCUCCUCCGUCAGGUCGGGGUCUCUGUGGAUACGUGGCUGAAGAGUGCCAUGAAUCAGGUGAUGGAGGAACUGGAGAACGAGCGCUGGGCGUCUCUGCCCACCAUCACUGCCCACGAGCUCUCGCUGUCGACCACGGUGGAUUUGGACAGAGAGGAAGGAGAAGAAUUAGAGGAGAACAUGGAGACGUAUGACGACAGCAGCUCAAGUCCUUCAGGAACACUGAGAAACUACCCCCUCACCUGCAAAGUCAUCUACUCCUACAAGGCUUCACAGCCCGAUGAACUCACCAUUGAUGAGCAGGAGAUGCUGGAGGUGAUUGAGGAUGGAGACAUGGAGGACUGGGUGAAGGCGCGGAAUAAGACCGGGCAGGUGGGCUACGUUCCAGAAAAGUACCUGCAGUUCCCCACCUCUAACAGUGUACUGAGCAUGCUCCAAUCCCUCGCCGCGCUGGACGCCAGAUCACACUCCUCCAGCAACUCCACUGAGCCUGAGCUGGCAUCAGGCAGCUUCAAUGGAGACAGCAGCA